CGUAUCCGCCGCCGUUGCCAUCGUCAGUUAUUAUCUACUAUCUAGGACUUGAAAAUGUUUAACAGAAUUUUAUUACUAUUCGUGUUCAUUUUUUAAUCGGUUACUAUAUAGCAGCAUAUAUGCGCCAAUAGUGCAGUUUUAGUCACAGCGAUUUUACUGUGUUGAUUUUACUUGUUCGAUUUAUAGAUUUUUUUAUUAUUUAACCGUUCCGUUUUCUUUGAGGUGGAAAUGCUUUCAAAGAAAUGCAUUAAAUUCAUUGCAUGCCUGCUCCUGUUUGUGUUCAUAUUUUUGGGCCUACCGGAACUGUGCAAAAGCCACGGCCACGAUCACGACCAUCAUGGUCAUCAUGCCAAGUCACUUAAUGAACAGUCUUCCCUACCAUGGAUGUGGGUAAAAGCCUUGUCUUCUACUGUGGCCAUCAGCGUGUUACCUUUUUUUGUCCUUUACUUCAUACCGAUUGACCAUAGAGAUGAACAUCAGUCGUUCUUGAAAAUUUUACUUAGUUUUGCAUCUGGAGGUCUCCUGGGCGAUGCUUUCCUUCAUUUGAUACCUCAUUCACUAUCCACACAUGACCAUCACGAUCAUGAUCAUCAUCAUCAUCAUGAUGAAACUUGUCAUGGAGAUAGCCAUGAUCAUAGUAACGAAACUAGAGUAGGAAUGUGGAUUUUAGCUGGCAUAUUAGCAUUUCUUUUUGUUGAAAAAAUGGUACGAGUGCUUAAAGGUGGCCAUAGCCAUUCACAUUCUCAACGUAAAGAAAAGUUAAGUGAUGAUGAAGAUGAAGCAGUGCCUAGACGAGCAAGGCAUGCAUUACCACAACAAAGUCUAUCAGUUGCUGGAUGGUUAAAUGUUAUUGCUGAUUUUACUCAUAACUUUACCGAUGGGCUUGCCAUUGGAGCGGCAUACUUGGCUGGUCAAAAUGUUGGACUUGUAACAACUAUAACUGUACUACUUCAUGAAAUACCGCAUGAAAUCGGAGAUUAUGCAAUUUUAAUACAAGAAGGCAGUACUAGAAAAAAUGCGAUGAAAUGUCAGUUAAUAACUGCAAUAGGAGCCAUUUGUGGAACAGUAGUAUCAUUAAUGUUUGGAAAACAAAGUGAAGCAGCAAAUUCAUGGGUGUUACCGUUUACAGCUGGAGGUUUCAUUUACAUAGCUACUGUUAAUGUUAUACCAAGUCUUUUAGAAGACACCAACUUUAAACAGUCCAUUAAAGAAAUAAUUUCUCUUCUUGUUGGGGUGUACAUUAUGGUGCUUGUUGCUAAAUAUGAAUAAAUAUGUUAUUCACCAAGCAUUUCUUUAAAAUUACGUUUUGCAUAAAUUAAUAAAAUAUAAAGAAAUACAUUAUAAAUAUACCAACAUCAUAGAUUAUUAGUAAGUUUAUUACUAAAAUGAUGACUGAAUUGAUAUCUACAUGAAAAUUUAAUAAAGUAUUCUUUGCUUUUUAAUUUAUUUUCUUAAUUUUGAUCAUCACAUUUCUUUGUUAUUGAAUAAAAUAGAUAUCAAAAUCAUUUUAUUUUGAGAAAACCGCUAUUUUAGUUAUGUUUAAUAUAAUUUUCUGAAAAGUAAGAUAUUUUUAAUAAUUAUGAUUUAGUAUUUGUGUAAUCAUGCUAUAAAUUUACACAAAUUUGACUACGAUUUCCAUCCAAUGUAUUAUUGCAUUCAAUAUUAAUUAACACAUGUAAUUUUGCUAUAUCCUUGUCAUACACAUAAUAAAAGCUGCGUUUGUCUUAAUUUUUUUUAUGGUAGCUAUUAAUUUUGGAUGUAUGAUACAUGUCUUGUGCCUUUAUUACAUAAAAAUUAUGUGUGUUUUUAAAUAGUAGCAUUAUAAUUUGUAUUAGUUAAUUUUUUCCCAUGGAGAUUUAAUUUAAUA